AACUGGAAAAAAGAAAAAGAAAAAAAGAAAAAUGAUAGCGGCCGCGGCCUCUCUCGCCACCGCCUCCUCCUCCUCCCUUGUCCGCCCCAUCUCCACCUCCCUCCUCCCCCUCCUUCGUCGCCUGCACCGCCUCCGGUGGGUCCCGCCUCCAUCCCCCCCUCGCAAACACCGUUUCCUCUGCACCAAAACCCUAGCCACCGCCGAAGUCAAAACCAGCGACGUCGCCGUCGAGAAAGUUCGAGAGUUCAAGAAGCGUCUGAGGAUCUCGGAAGUCAAGGGCGGCCCUGACGAGGGCUUGGACCGGCUAGGGCAGAAGCUCACGGUUCGAGGCUGGGUUCGGACCUGCAGGGCUCAGAGCAGCGUCACCUUCAUCGAGGUAAAUGAUGGAUCUUGCUUGUCGAAUAUGCAAUGCGUAAUGAGCUCGGACGCCGAGGGCUAUGAUCAGGUAGAAGCUGGUACUGUUGCUACUGGCUCGUCUAUACUUGUGGACGGAACUAUUGUGAGCAGUCAAGGAUCUAAACAGAAAGUGGAGCUGAAGGUGGAAAGACUACAGAUGAUUGGUACGAGUGACCCAUCCAGUUAUCCUAUCCAGAAGAAGAGAGCAAGCAGAGAAUUUUUGAGAACCAUUGCUCAUCUGCGUCCUCGGACAAAUACAUUUGGUGCGGUUACAAGAGUGAGGAAUGCAUUGGCAUAUGCAACUCACAAAUUUUUCCAGGAAAACGGGUUUGUUUGGAUUUCAAGCCCAAUUAUUACCGCCUCAGAUUGCGAAGGAGCUGGUGAACAAUUUUGCGUCACUACUCUGAUUCCAAGCACUCGGGAAAGUACUGAUUGUCCUAGUAAUACAAUUCCUGCUACAAAGGAUGGCAAAAUCGACUGGUCACAGGACUUCUUUGGCAAACCAGCGUUUUUGACGGUAUCAGGACAGCUCAAUGCAGAAACAUAUGCAUCUGCUCUCUCUGAUGUAUACACAUUUGGUCCUACUUUUAGGGCAGAGAAUUCCAACACUUCGAGGCAUUUGGCUGAAUUCUGGAUGAUAGAACCUGAACUUGCUUUUGCUGAUCUAAAUGAUGACAUGGCCUGUGCAACUGCUUAUCUCCAGUAUGUAGUAAAGUAUGUCCUCGAUAACUGUAAAGAAGAUAUGGAUUUCUUUAACACAUGGAUUGAGAAAGGAAUUGUGGAGAGAUUGAAAGAUGUUGUUGAGAAAGAGUUUGUGCAGUUGACAUAUUCUGAUGCUGUUGAGAUUCUUCUUAAAGCAAAGAAGAAAUUUGAAUUCCCGGUAAAAUGGGGAUCUGAUUUGCAAAGUGAGCAUGAAAGGUACAUAACCGAAGAUGUGUUUGCUGGACGCCCCGUAAUAAUCAGAGAUUAUCCGAAGGAAAUAAAAGCUUUUUAUAUGCGUCAAAAUGAUGAUGGGAAGACAGUUGCUGCGAUGGAUCUGCUGGUUCCUCGGGUUGGUGAGCUUAUUGGUGGAAGCCAACGAGAAGAACGUCUUGAAUAUCUAGAAAGUCGUUUGGAGGAGUUAAAUCUCAACAAAGACAGCUAUUGGUGGUACUUGGAUCUUCGACGUUUUGGUUCAGUUCCUCAUGCUGGAUUUGGACUGGGUUUUGAGAGACUUGUACAGUUUGCAACUGGAAUAGAGAACAUAAGGGAUGCAAUUCCAUUUCCUCGAGCUCCAGGUUCUGCUGAGUUUUAAUGCCCAGAAUCAUUAUAAUCUCACAUUUGGACUCGGGAAACAUGCGUUGGCGGCAUAUCCACAUUUUUUAAUUAAUCUGAUUUAUCUUGUCACUAUAUUUAUUUAGAAGGCUGAAGAAUGAAAUGCAUUACGUAAGGUCAGCUUAUGUAGGGGUCUAUCACUGGCUUUUCAUGCUUGGUGCAUGAUGUAGUUUGAAAAGUGUCAUUAUUUGGAAGGACUUCCAGUAAGGAUAAAAUCCUGAUUGUAAAAUUUUGUUGUAGAAUGACGCAAUAAUUGUGGUUGUAUUUAUAACUAUUUUUUAUUUAAUUAUUUCAAAUCAUGUAAUAAUGUCAGAUUUUGCAUAAUUUGUAAUGGAAAUGUGUUUUCGUCGCAUGUAAA